AUGACAAGUGAGCCUAUAGUCGCUGUAAAAUGGUUAGACACAAAAGAAGUGACUGUUCUAACAUCGGCGCAUAAGCAAUCAGAGGUUGCCAUUAUAAAGAGGACCCAAAAAGAUGGUUCAAAGAAAGAAGUUUUCUGUCCAAAAGCGAUAGCAGAUUACACUUUACACAUGGGAGGGGUGGAUCACUUCGACCACUUUUGUUCACCAUAUCCAACGGGAAGAAAGUCGAGGAAAUUUUGGAUGCGUUUGUUCUUUUUUAUGGUUGAUGCUGCAGUCAUAAAUGCCUACAUUCUGUUCCUAUCAAAACAUGCCCAACGAGAUUCUGCCCAUCGUGAAUUUAGGCUGCGACUUGCUAGAGAAUUCAUUGGCAGUUUUACGUGUAAGAAACAGAGGCCAAUUAUUUUUAAAAAUAAGAAAGGCGGCAACUUUGGCGUCCCUGAUGAAAUUAGGCUUCAAAGUGAAGGUGGGAAAUAA